AUGGCUGAUAUGCUCCAAAAAGCAAUUAACGCUAUGUCUAUUGAAGACAAUGAAGCACCCCUCUCUCUCCCAGAUGAACCCCGCUUCAGAGUCUUUGAUGCUAAUGAGACAAGUCUUCUUGGAAGGCUGCUGAAUCCAGAUUGUCAAUCGAUGACAAGGAUGAUUGAGUACAUGCCGACUGCUUGGAGGGUUUACGAUCGAGUCCGAGCAAUAGCUUUAUCUCAAGAUCGUUUCCAGUUUAUCUUCCAGAGAGAAGAAGACCUGGAGACAGUACUGAAGGAUCGGCCUUGGUCUUACAACCAUUGGGCUAUGGCUUUAGAAAGGUGGACUGCUAAUCCUCCGGAGGGCUUUCUGAACUCUAUGGAUCUGUGGAUCAGGAUCAGGAACAUACCGGUGAAUUAUUUCACUAUUGAUACCAUGUUUGCUUUGGCGUCAGAAGUUGGUAAAGUGGAAGAGAUCGCUUACGAUCCUAAGAUUUCACAUACCAAGGAAUACAUCAGAGCCAAAAUAUGUUUUGACGUCGCCAAGCCAGCGAAAGCUUCUAGGAAACUGAAUAUUCCUGGAAAAGAGCCGGCCUUGAUAGAGUUUGAAUAUGAGAAAGUGCAUAAGCGGUGCUUCCAUUGCUUGUGA